AUGAAUUUGAAGUUAAACAACGAGGUAAGAAGCUCAGUCAACCUUCUUCAUAAACCGCCUGUUUCUUCUGUAAAGGAGGAGCGCCGGCGCACCGGUCGCUACAUAGCAAUUCUCGUAGGCAUAUGCCUUUUUUUGGUUGCCAUAUACCACGCGUGGGUUCGGCGCAUUCCAGUCGUUGCUAGUCUGGUUAUACCAGCCCUCAUCAUGUUCGUGUACGUUGGAUGGGUCUUAUACACCGCUUCGAGGGAUAAAAAACGAUUUUUAUUGCUGUUGGAUGCAGAAGCGGCGUUGAAUGCAGCUUCUCUAGAACAUACAGAAGACCAGCGUGCCGACAUCACAUCACACAAUAGCGUAGAAAUAUCCGUUAUAUCGAACAAAGACAAUUCCAAAGUAAAUUCUCCUCAAGAAAAUCACACUUGGGCAGAAGUGUGUACAACGUUAUUAAAAGAUGACAACGAAAGAAUAGAAAAUAACCGGCCUGUAUUUAUUAAGCCAAUUAUUCUAGUCAAUGAUAAACCAGCAGAAGAUCUAGACGAAAAAUGGACUCACGUUCUAGAGACUGUAUAUGGAGAUAAUUUGAAAAAUUAUCAACGAAGGAGAAAAUUUAAACGGAAAUAUUGUCGAAGCAGGCGGUAUGCAGCUUUUAAAAGAUCAUACUCUAUAGGCUGAUAUUGAUUGUGAAAUUCCAUCAUAUGAGUAGAAAUGAAAUAAUCUCAAUCAAUAAAUUUCGUUCAGCCAGGGGUUUAUAUUUGAAAGAAAAAUCGUUAUUGUUGUAUGUAAACCUUUUCAAACCUUUUCUACAAAUGUAGACUAUAUUUAUACAUUCAUGUAAGAGCAUCAUCAACGAACAAACAAAAAAUUAAGUUAAAAUAAAAUCCCGUAUUUGAUAUUUGGAUAGUGAAAUCAAUGUAGUUGAUUACAGAUUCCUUACGUAUCCUCAGCUUUUAUUUAAAAGCCUUUGGCUUGCUGAAAGUUUUAUGGUUUAAGGAAACACAAAUAUUUCCAUAAAAGUAUGAAAGUUUCGAAUAUAAAGUAUGACUGUAUUUAUUACGUAGAUAGGUUUAUAUACGGUCACAGAUAAUAUAAUG